AUGGCUGGGCUCAUGAACAGCCCCAGCCGCUAUGUGGCGCUCGUUGUCCUCGUCAUGCUCAUCUUCAAUCUGUACCUCUUCCAGCGAGUCGGCCGGCUGAAUUCCGAGAACGAAGCCUACCGUGAUAUGUCCUUGCAAACCUCCCUCCCGACGGCGACCCUUGACACGAAAGUCGAACCAGCAACCGUCACCGUCACCCAAACUGUGACCGCCACAACGACCAUUACCCCCGACGACAAGACCAUUCCCUCAAAUCCUCAAACUCCAACGCACACCCAGACCCAAGACGAUGACACCACCUCUGAAUUGUCCAUUAAACCACUCCUCGCCCACCAAGCGAUUCCCGACUUCCCCGCCAAGAUCUGGCACAAAUGCGGCCCCAAGGGUGUCAGCGAGCACGCCCAGGAACUCAUGAACAUCUGGCUCCAAAAGAACCCUCACUUCCGUCACGAACUCCUCACCGAUGACAGCGCCGACCAGUACGUCCGUGAACGCUACGCCUACUGGCCCGAGAUUCUCGAAGCAUACAUGGCCCUGACCGUGCCCAUCCUCAAGGCCGACUUCUUGCGCGUCCUCAUCAUGUACGCCGACGGUGGCAUUUGGUCCGACCUCGACGUUGUCGACGACGUUCCCGUGAGCGAAUGGAUCCCCAAGGAACUCUCAGACAAUGCAGACAAGAACCCCAUCAACAUCGUCGUUGGCAUUGAGUUUGACGGCCACCAAUUUACUUCCUGGACCGUCAUGGCAAAGCCUCACCUCCAGCACUUUAAGGCUGUGAUCGAGUAUGUCGUUAAGCAGCUCAAGACCGCCGCGAUUGAACACCACGUGCCCUUAUCGGGUCUCACCAAAUUAAUGAUCGAAGGCGAGGACGUCGUCAAGGUCACGGGUCCGCAGGCAAUCACAGUCGCGCUGCUAGAGAGUGUCUCCAAGGAAUUGGGCCAAGAGGUCACGAAAAAAGACAUUGGCGGUCUCAAGAAGCCGAAACUCAUCGGUGACAUUCUCGUACUCCCGCAAGCGGCGUUUGCUGCGUUGCAGGGCGGCAAGCCGACAGAUCAAGGCCCUUAUCUGGUAUCGCAUCAGUAUGCGGGUUCGUGGAAGAACGACCAGGGCGGCGAGGAGGGCCAAAACCCGCCUGCUGCCGCGAAGGAGUCGGUUGCUUCAUGA